UCAUUGGCCGCGCUCGGGGCGCGCGCGUGGCGCGCACGGCGGCCCCGGCCCGACGGCGUGAGCCCCGCGAGCCCCGCCAGCCGUGAGUUCGGGUCCCGCUCCGGCCCUGCCGCUCCCUUCCCAGUCCUGCCCUGCUCUCCUCUGCCGCUCCGGGACAGGCUGUUCCCCGCUGCUUAUCCCGGCACGGGGCCGCAGCGCUCAGUGGGGACGGCGGGGCCGCUGGUGCCGGUGCCGGUCCGGGGCAGCAGCGCUCUGUCGGGCCGCGCCGGGAGCUCGCUAAACGGGAGCCCGGCAGUGCCGCCCUGAGGCUCCGCACCGUGCGAGGCGGCCGCUGCUGGCCCGGCCCCGCCGUCUGAGCCUUCCGAGGGAGGUUUAGGUUGGAUGCGAGGGAAAGUUCCUCUACGGAAAGGGCUGCCCAGGUCAGAGUUUUUCUCUGUGUGUCGGGGGCCAGCCGUGGUCCCCUGCUCCGUGCGGGGAUGCUCUGUCGGAGCACAGCCCGUGCCUGUGUGACCCAAUGUGAGCGCUGAAGUCCCCGGUAGCCAUCGGGCAAUGAGGGGUAGUUCUGCUUCAGAACCAGCAGAGGCCGCUCUGCGUUGUCUUUCAAAAGGAAAACCAUCCUGCUUUGCAAAAUUCCUGGGAAUUUAUGUAUAACCCAGACAUGCACGCUUUGGUUGGAAGUUUUGCUUCCUUGAGCCUGCGAAUGGACUUGGACAUUAAUAGUACAGUGCGUGUUUGCCAGUUUUAUUUUGCUGUAGUAAUUGCAUUUUUUUUUUCAACAUUCUCUUUGAAGCCAACAUGUCUCGAGAGACUGGAAGUGAAACACAGCAGUCACAGAGUGCCCAGCAGUCACAGAGUGGUACCAGUUCCUCUUCCAGUGGGUCACAGAGCACUAGUCAGUCCUCCUUAAGUUCUGGGACUCUCAGUUCCUUGGACACUGUUCCCACUCAGGAGCUUCCGUCCAUCCCUGAGGACCAGGAAUCUGAAGAGCUGGUUCCUCAGCCUUGGGGUCGUCUCUUUGCACUUGGAAAAGGUUUCGUCAAUUGUGACUGUGUGAAUGAGGAAUAUUGGUUUGGGAGAGACAAAAGCUGUGAUUACAGUUUUUCUAAGCUGGGAUUGUCUGAGACUGGCUUCUACCAAAACUACAGCAAGAAGCACUUCCGAAUUUUCAGGGAAAUGGGUCCAAAAAAUUCCUUUGUUGCCUACAUUGAAGACCACAGUGCAAAUGGGACAUUUGUUAAUAGAGAGCUCGUUGGAAAAGGGAAGAGGCUGCCACUGACACACAACUCUGAAAUCGCAUUGUCUAUACAGACCAAUAAGGUGUUUGUAUUUUCUGAUCUUAUGGUGGAUGAUCAGAUGAUGUUUCCCAAAGAAUUCAGAGAGAAAUACAUCAUGUCAAAGACUUUGGGAAGUGGUGCCUGUGGAGAAGUCAAACUGGCAUUUGAGAAGAGCACCUGUAACAAAGUCGCAGUGAAAAUCAUCAAUAAAAGGAACUUUGUGGCCAGUGGCCUGACAGAGGCAAACCCAGCUUUAAAUAUCAAUACAGAAAUUGAAAUUUUGAAGAAAAUAGAUCAUCCUUGUUUAAUCAAGAUUAAAAAUUUCUUUGAAGCAGAGGAUUACUACAUUGUUUUGGAACUGAUGGAAGGAGGAGAAUUGUAUGACAGAGUGUCAAGGCCAAUCAAGAUGAAAGAAGAUGUCUGCAAGUUGUACUUUUAUCAGAUGCUGCUGGCAGUAAAGUAUCUUCAUGACAAUGGAAUUAUACACCGAGAUCUAAAGCCAGAAAAUGUACUACUUUCAUCUUCUGAAGAGAUAUGUCUUGUAAAGAUUACAGAUUUUGGACAAUCCAAGAUUCUUGGAGAAGCUUCUCUUAUGAAAACAUUAUGUGGUACUCCCAUGUAUCUUGCUCCUGAGGUUCUAAAUUCACUUGGGACUGCUGGAUACAGCCGAGCUGUGGACUGCUGGAGUUUAGGAGUUAUUCUUUUUGUAUGCUUGUGUGGAUAUCCACCAUUCAAUGAGCAAAAUACUCAACUCUCUCUGAAAGACCAAAUCACUCAAGGCAAAUACACGUUCAUUCCAAAAGAAUGGAAGCAUGUGUCAGACAUGGCUCUGGAUCUGGUGAAGAAACUGCUAGUAGUGGACCCAAGCAAACGUCUUACCACAGAGGAAGCCUUAGAGCAUCCUUGGCUUCAGGAUGAGGAUAUGAAAACUACAUUUCAACAGCUGCUUGCUCAGACAUGUAGCAAUAUGAAUCCACCAGAAACAUCAAAAGUGCCAACCACAACGAGAAAGCGUCUCCAUGAAAAUGAGGAUGAAUAUGGCUCUGCUAAACGUGCUGUUCCUUCUACAUCUCAGAAAAUGAGGUGAAAAGGAAGAGAAAAUCACUUUGUUAAUGGAAGCUUUUUUUAUGGGAAGCAGAAUUUUUUAUAAAGAAAAAUCUUAAUAAUGGAAUAAACUGUUGAAGAUGUGUAGUUUCCAAAUAAAAAUAACUUUGUAAGA